GGGGAACUGAGCUCCUGUUUACAGUUGUUCUUGGCACCUGCUGGUAGGGACCUGCAGGUAGCCAUGGCAAUCAGGUGAGGAGCCAAUCAGUACUUCUCCCCGCCCCCAGCCCCAGAAGUAGCAGUGUGAGGCCCCUGGGGAUGAGGUGGGGGGAGAGGGAGUGCUGCAAGGGGGCCUGUUCUUACACUAGAGAAGGAGGAAUAUUUCAUUCACUAAGCACCACAGCUCCUUCCUUGACCCCUGCAUCUAGAAGGGAUAAUCUCUGUCUGAGUUCUCACGCGUGCUAAGGGAAGUGAAAGGGUAAAGGUCAUGGCCACUUGCCUGGGAACUCCUGUUGGGGGGGGAGCCACAGUCAGGAACUGGAUGGGAGUUCUUAAGAGAAAGUGUCUUGUUUCGAAAACACAGCCAGUGUGUGAAUGAGGGGACUUAGGCAGGGGAAGCACGUGUGUGUGUAUGUGUGUGUGUGUGUGUACCCAUGUGCGUGCAUGUGAGCGGGAGAGACGGUGGUGUGACACCCAGCAUCACCCAGAAUGUGCCGUUUCUGGCCGUGCAUGCACACACAGAUUCAGCUGGACCCGAACACGGGGUCCCAGACGUCACGUCCACAUCCCAUGGAUAUUACACACACUCAGCGAGACAGCCACUUGGAGUUUGCUCUCUCCUCUGGAUGGUUGUAAUAAUAUUUGGGCAUCUUGCCAGGGAGAGGGUUACCAUGGAAACGAGCAAACAGUGGAGUAGCCGGGAUUGUGAAGGGGGAGCCCUUGCAGGGAGGGCUGGGGGCCGCCCUCUGUGGGACAGGCACCUCUCUCCUUCCUUAGGCCAGGCCUGCACUUCCCGGCCGCGGCGUCUCGCUGCCUCUCUGGGCUCACUUGUUUCCCUCUGUCUGCCCUGCAGACUUGGUGUCUCUCCCACAUGUGGCCUUUGUGUCUCUCCAUCUCUUUCGGUCUCUGGCCAGCCUCUAUUGGCUGUUUGGGUCCUGGCCAAACUCAUCCUGGGGUCUCUAUAGAAACUGUUGAUCCUGGCUGUGAAUUUCUGGUCCUAGAAAACCCGAUGUGGUGGCUUUAGAAAUCUUUCUGGAAAGGAGAGAAGGGUGUGUGUUGUGAAGGAGUCCUUGGGGCUUGGCCACCCUCCCGAGCCCCACCCCUUGGGCUUUUCCUCUGGGAAAGAGUUGGGCGGGGGGGGCUUCCUUUCUAGGUGCAGGUUUGAUUUCUAUACCAAGAAGUUAAGCACAUCAGCCAACCCAGAGCUGGGCCUUGAUUGACCUCCGCAGACCCUGCCAAGGCCUGGCUGGGUGCUCGGGGCUGCUGCGGAGAGAACUUUCUGCCCAGCCUUGGCAGGCAUCUCUGAGAGCUUGGGGGUCUGUCACUGGACAGCCUGUGGACAGGUCGCAGCCCAUGGAGAUGGUGCCCACGUGGGGCAAUCCCUGUGUGUACGUGGGAUAGGGGUCCUGGAAUGUGUGUGGGAUCCAGGGGACCUGUGCAGGGGGCGGUCCGGCCGGGAAAGGUGGCUAAGUCUUUUUUGCCCAGGCUCUUGGCCAUGACCUGCCGGGGCCGGGGUCCGACUGGGGCUGCGUGAUCCCCGCUGUGGGCAUCGAAAAACCAUCCUUAGUAUUUCCUGCCUGAGCACCAGGCCUAGCACCUGCAUGGCCAGUGUGCGGUGGAUUUCCGGGAAGCUGCUCCGGGGCCAGGCUGGAUGCAGAGCUAGGACAGGCGAUGGGGUGCUUCCUCUAAACUUAGGGCAGCCUGUGCCCACGGUGUUUCCAGGGCUGCCUUCCUGGGGGAAGAGUGAUGGGAUGGAAGGAGGGUCGGAUGGAGUAGAAACACCGAGGCGGGGGCUUGCACCUGGGUAGAGGGGGAUCGACGUUCCUCAACUCCUAGCACUCAUUUGAGAGAAUGUGGAUGGGGAUCAGGGAAGUUUUUAAAAACUCUGUUCUCUCGCAUUUUCCCGCCUCCCUGUAUCCUCUGGAGAGUUGGUCUCACUUCAGUCUUUGCUCCUGCUCUUGAGAUGGAGCCUGACCUUGUCAGUCAAGGUCACAUGAAUCUCCAGAGCCCCCACGCCCAGUGAACACUCAGAGGGGCCCGGUAGAGGCGGCCCCGUGUGUGGUCGCCAGUCUGGCCUCAGAGGCAGAGAGAGCAAGGGCCUCGGGCUCUGGGACAGAUACCGGGUGGUGUGGAGGGGACUGUGGGAGGGGCCGUCGGAUCUCUGGGUUUCUGAUUCCACUUUCCGUUCUCAGGGUGACGCUCCCCAGGCCCCCUACCCCCCACCCCGGCAUCAUGCAUCGGACCACACGGAUCAAAAUCACGGAGCUGAAUCCUCACCUUAUGUGUGCCCUCUGUGGAGGGUACUUCAUCGACGCUACCACCAUCGUGGAGUGCCUGCAUUCCUUCUGCAAAACCUGCAUCGUGCGCUACCUGGAGACCAACAAAUACUGCCCCAUGUGUGAUGUGCAGGUCCAUAAAACCAGGCCGCUGCUGAGCAUCAGGUCUGACAAAACUCUCCAAGACAUCGUCUAUAAAUUGGUCCCUGGGCUUUUUAAAGAUGAGAUGAAACGACGGCGGGAUUUCUAUGCAGCGUACCCCCUGACUGAAGUCCCCAACGGCUCCAAUGAGGACCGCGGCGAGGUCCUGGAGCAGGAGAAGGGGGCUCUGAGCGACAACGAGAUUGUCAGCCUCUCCAUCGAGUUCUACGAAGGUGUCAGGGACCGGGAGGAAAAGAAGGGUCCUCUGGAGAAUGGGGAUGGGGACAAGGAGAAGACAGGGGUGCGAUUCCUGCAAUGCCCAGCGGCCAUGACCGUCAUGCAUCUCGCCAAGUUUCUUCGCAACAAGAUGGAUGUGCCCAGCAAGUACAAGGUGGAGGUUCUCUACGAGGAUGAACCGCUGAAGGAAUACUACACCCUCAUGGAUAUCGCCUACAUCUAUCCGUGGCGGCGGAAUGGCCCUCUCCCCCUCAAGUAUCGGGUCCAGCCGGCCUGCAAGCGGCUCACCUUGCCUACAGCGCCCACCCCCUCGGAGGGCACCAACACCAGCGGGGCGUCUGAGUGUGAGUCAGUCAGCGACAAGGCUCCCAGCCCUGCCACCCUGCCGGCCACCUCCUCCUCCCUGCCCAGCCCAGCCACCCCCUGCCAUGGCUCUCCCAGCUCCCACGGGCCCCCAGCCACCCACCCUACCUCCCCCACUCCCCCUGCGACAGCCGGUGGGACCACCACAGCUGCCAACGGGGGUACCUCGAACUGCCUGCAGACACCAUCUUCCACCAGCAGGGGGCGCAAGAUGACUGUCAACGGAGCUCCUGUGCCCCCCUUAACUUGAGGAAAGGGACCCUCUCCCUCCUUUUCCAGCCAUGCCUCUCCACCCCUCCACUUUUUCUGGGCCCCUUUUCCACCUCUUCUACUUUCCCCAGCUCCUCCCGCCUUAGGGGUGGGGGGCGGGUUUUAUAAAUAAAUCUAUAUAUAUAUGUACAUAGGAAAAACCAAAUAUACAUACUUAUUUUCUAUGGACCAACCAGAUUAAUUUAAAUGCCACAGGAAACAAACUUUAUGUGUGUGUGUAUGUGUGGGGGGUGGAGUGUUCAUUUUUAGGAGGUCUUGUGUAAUUUGCCCUGCUCUCAUAUUGGGGGUGCCUGGAGGUGGACUGGAGGGGCCACCUGAGGCUCAGUAAAGCUCCGCUCCAUCCUCCUUCCGUUUCCCAAGGCAGAUGGGGUGUUCCAGGAGCCCUACCAGCCCCCAAAGCUUUAGGCACAACUCCAGCCGGCUGUGUAUGGGGUCUCCCCUCUCUGCCCCCAUCUCGGCUGCUGUCCUGCCCCUGCCAGUGCCCCCCGCCCCCAUUGUUGAAUGUCCAGAGAAUCGCUAAGACAGUGCCUUUUACAAAUGCAGUUUAUCCCCUGGUUCUGAGGAUUGAGUGGGUGGUAAAGAUGCAUCUCCCUCACCUCCUCCUCUUGCAGUGGAAACUUUGUGCAAAGAAUAGAUAGUUCUGCCCCCCCACCCCCGUGUAUGUGGCCUUUGCAUCAUUUAUCUUGUGGAAGAAAAGAUUCAGGCCACGGGAGGCCUCAGCCCUUGAAAUUCCACUGUGGCUUUAGCAGGGUAAACGCUUGGCCCGGUUCUGCCCCUGCCCCUGCCCCGACCCCGGAGCCCCGACAGGCAAGGCUGGUUUUGGCGAAGUCCCCCCUGGGGGCCCGGAGUGCAGUGAAAAGGUGGAGUGGGGUUCAUCUCAAGACAAGCACAGAUCCCAGAUUGUGCCAAAGGCCAACGGUCCUCCAGUCCCCUCCCCACCCCCAGCUGAGGCUGAGUCAGGACAGAGCCGCAGAGGCAUCGAAAAGCACAAGAAGGUGGAGACCUUUAAGCUCUGACCUUGGCUCCAUCCCGAGAGGUCAGUGGAUGGCCCCCCGAAGGGCGGACCCCAGCAGAUCCCUGCCCACCUGUUUUUCCUCCAAUGUACAUAGAUCAGAUCGGGGAGGAGGUGAGGAGGCAAGAUUCCCUUGCAACCUAGGUGUUUGGGGUCGGGAGCCCCCCCAUCAGGUUUGUCUGUGUUUGCGCCUUGUCCCGUGUCCGAGGUGCCGUGACUGUACCUUCCUCCUGCCCUGGGACAUUUGUAUCUCCUGGCUUUGUAAUAAAUGCUGCAUACUCUC